AUGUGGAAUGUUGGUGCAGUCGAGUUUGCAGGCCUACCUGUGCCAGGCCUUGAUGAACUUCUACCUUUUGAUGUGCCUGCUCGCGAAGCUUUGCGAGAAGGAGACAACGAUUUUCUAUUUCUGCCACAUGCGGAUGUGAAGCCAUAUCUAGACACCUCUCGAACCAUUGCAUCUCUUCUCGGCUACAUGUACUUUUUCAGCACUCUGAUGGGUUUAGCGGUCAUGCGAGCUAUUGAUGGUGUCUGGCAACGUGAUGGUGUUUCGCCACUCUUCUGCGUUAAUCCUGCACUGUUUCGUCUGCCAUUUCUAUUCAGUGUCCUAUCACUAGAAGGAAUGUUGUUUCUGUGGUCGGUGCGCAGCGGUAGAAUGCAAUUAUACGAACUUGAGUGCUCCAGCCAACUAUAG